GCCCCGUUCCCUCCUCCCGCUCCCCCCGGGGUCAUCCGAGGGUGCCCGGGGUGGUCCCCAGAAGGGGGUUUGGGUGCCCCAAUCCCCCCCAAACCCCCCCUCUGCCACCCUUCUCCCUGUGUCCCAGAGGUGCAGUUCCGCCCGUACCGCACCGACGACUUCAUCACGCGGCUCUACUACGAGACGCCGCGGCUCACCGUCCUCAACCAGACCUGGGUGCUCAAGGCGCGGGUCAACGACUCGGAGAGGAACCCCAACCUGUCGUGCAAGCGCACGCUCUCCUUCCAGCUCAUCCUCAAGAGCAAGAUCAACUCCCCCAUGGAGUGCUCCUUCCUGCUGCUCGAGGGGCCCUACGACGACGUGAAGAUCAACCCCGUCAUCUACCACUUCGUCUUCAGCAACGAGAACAACGAGACCGACUACAUGGCCCUGCCCAUCGUCGACUCGGUGGAGUGUAACAAACUGCUGGCGGCCAAAAACAUCAACCUCCGGCUUUUUAUAUUCCAAAUCCAAAAAUGAGACUGGGAAAAACGAAACAAACAAAAA